GCGCUGCUGAGGGAGGCCGCCCGGGCCCGACACCUCCGGCCGGGCCGGGCCGAGCCGGGGCCCGCGGGGCCGGGCCGGGCCGGGCCAGGCCGCGGCGGUGGUAGGAAAAAAAAGGAGAAGAGGAUAGACAUUACGAAGAUGAGUAAAAAACCUCCCAAUCGUCCUGGGAUCACCUUCGAGAUUGGUGCUCGGUUGGAGGCAUUGGACUACUUGCAGAAAUGGUAUCCAUCUCGAAUUGAGAAGAUAGACUAUGAAGAGGGGAAGAUGUUGGUCCAUUUUGAACGCUGGAGUCAUCGCUAUGAUGAGUGGAUUUAUUGGGACAGCAAUAGAUUAAGACCUUUGGAGCGACCAGCACUCCGAAAAGAAGGGCUGAAAGAUGAUGAAGAAUUUGUUGACUUCAAACCUGGAGAAGAGGUGCUAGCUCGUUGGACAGACUGUCGAUAUUACCCAGCCAAGAUUGAAGCAAUUAACAAGGAGGGAACCUUCACUGUACAGUUCUAUGAUGGUGUUAUUCGGUGUCUAAAAAGGAUGCAUAUCAAAUCUAUGCCUGAAGAUGCCAAAGGGCAGGCGCGCGAGAGGGAGCAGAUAGCGCCGGAGCUGAGAUUAGUGACGGAAAUCGAACCAAAAGAAGAUUGGAUAGCUUUGGUCAAAGCUGCUGCAGCAGCGGCUGCCAAAACUAAAGCUGGAAGUAAACCUCGGACCAGUGCAAACAGCAAUAAAGAUAAAGAGGAGAGAAAAUGGCUAAAAGUACCUUCAAAGAAGGAAGAAACCUCAACUUCUACAAUCAUACAAGAAGUCCAGAAAAAGGAAGAGGAGCCAACAUCCAGUGAGCCAUUUGUAGGAUUUCCUGUAGUGGAUGUUCCAAAGAUGGCCUUUGUGCAAGCAGAGAGCACAUUAUCACACAAGAGGAAAAGUAGUCUAGGCAACUCAUUUCAGGCAAAGAGAGCUCGUCUUAACAAGAUCACUGGUUUGUUGGCAUCCAAAGCUGUUGUUGUGGAUGGUGGUGAAAAAAAGGAAGUCAGCAAAGAAACAGCUCCAGUCCUGGAGCAGGAGAUUUCACCUAAACCUCAAAAUCAGAAAAAAAAUGAAGCUGAUAUUAGCAGUUCUGCCAACACUCAGAAACCUGCACUGUUAUCCUCAACUUUGUCUUCAGGAAAGGCUCGCAGCAAGAAAUGCAAACAAGAAUCUGGAGAUUCUUCUGGGUGUAUAAAGCCCCCUAAAUCACCACUUUCCCCAGAAUUAAUACAAGUCGAGGAUUUGACGCUGGUCUCUCAGCUUCCUUCUUCUGUGAUAAAUAAAACUAGUCCAUCACAGCCAGUGAAUUCCCCUAGAUCCUACAAACAUAGCCAGCGGAGAAGAAGAUCGCAGCGUUUGGCCACUUGCCCAUUGCCUGAUGAUUCUGUAGAAAAGGUUCCUUCUCCAGUCACUGAUGGAAAAGUGUUCUCCAUCAGUGCCCAAAAUCAGCAGUCAUCCAUGUCAGAGGUACCCGAUGUUGCUCACAUGUCACUUGAGAAGCGUGGACCAUGUCUCCCUCUUGACUUAAGCCGUAAUUCGGAAGUUACAACAUCAUUAUCCACAGAAUCCACUUUCCGUAAUGAAUACCCCAGUAAAGAAAAGGAAGAUAUUCAGAUGAUUACAUAUCAUUCUUCCAAAACAGUAACUGAUGGAAGAGUAGCCACCACAGCGUCAGCACCCUCGUCCCAUGUACAUGCCUUACAUCUGGAAAUGCCUUUAACCAGUAGUCUAAAGUUAUCCAAAGGGAAUAGUAAAAAAAAGAGGUCUUCCACAUCAAUGAGCUCUGAAGGGACAGAGAUACAGUUCUCUGUGCCCAUAAAGGAGAAAUGUUUUGAGAGUCUGCAGGAGAAAAUAUUAAAGAACGUGACUGAAAAGGAGAAGCAUUCAGAAGUUGGAGCAUUGAAAACUGAAAGAAAAGGGAAACUGGAAGAGAAAAGCUCAUCGUCAUUUGGUAAAAAGAAGGAAAAGGAUAAAGAGAAAAAAGAGAAAAAGGAAAAAGAUCAUAAAUCAAAACAGAAAAAGAAGAAGAAAAAAAAGAAGAAAUCUAAACAGUAUGAUUACUCGGAUUACGAAGAUAGUUCUAUUGAGUUUUUGGAAAGGUGCUCCUCCCCGCUCACCCGCUCCUCUGGGAGUUCUCUGACUUUGCGCAGCAUGUUUACAGAGAAGAACAUUGCAUACCAGUAUCCAAGGGCUAUUCUGUCUGUCGACCUCAGUGGAGAAAACCUCUCGGAUGUGGAGUUCUUGGAUGACUCAUCCACAGAGAGCUUGUUACUGAGUGGCGAUGAAUACAAUCAGGACUUUGAUUCAACCAAUUUUGAAGAGUCUCAGGAUGAAGAUGAUGCCCUCAAUGAAAUAGUUAGAUGCAUCUGUGAAAUGGAUGAGGAGAAUGGCUUUAUGAUUCAGUGUGAAGAAUGCUUGUGCUGGCAACACAGUGUCUGUAUGGGACUGUUCGAAGACAGCAUUCCGGAGCAGUACAUCUGUUACAUCUGCAGAAACCCACCAGGUCAGAGAUGGAGUGCCAAAUAUCUUUAUGAUAAGGACUGGUUAAACAAUGGGCAUAUGUGUGGAUUAUCUUUUUUGAAAGAAAACUACUCUCACCUAAAUGCCAAAAAGAUUGUGUCAACACAUCACCUGUUGGCUGAUGUGUAUGGAGUAACUGAAAUAUUACAUGGCUUGCAGCUGCAGAUUGGGAUACUCAAAAAUAAACAUCACCCUGACCUUCAUCUCUGGGCUUGUUCAGGGAUGAGAAAAGAGCAAGAGCAGAUAUCCCUCGGAGUGGAGAAAAAAAUAGUGACUUUGCCAGAUACUGUUAAUCUACCUGAAAGGACGUGUCAGAGUCAAAACCAUAAAGAGCCCCCUAGUUUACCCCAGAAGAUGGAAGAAACAUAUAUUACAAGUGAGCACAGUUACCAAAAACCACAGAAUUUUGGUCAAGACUGCAAAGCAGUUACUGACCCUGUGAGCUCAGAUGAUGAGGAUACGAGUAGUUUUGAGGAAGAUCAGGAAUUCCGUUCAGAGAAUAAAACCUAUUUACAAUAUUCUUUUAAAGAAGAUGGCAUGAGUGAUCAGAAGACCUCGGCUGAAGGGAACACAGUAUUUGCUUGCAAUGAGAAAAAAGGAUCCGAAGAACAAGUGGAUGCGCAUCUUCAAUGGCAGCUAAAUCUCCUUACCCACAUAGAGAAUGUGCAGAAUGAAGUCACCAGCAGAAUGGACCUGAUUGAAAAAGAAGUUGAUGUUUUAGAAAGCUGGCUUGACUUCACUGGAGAACUGGAACCACCAGACCCUCUUGCAAGACUGCCUCAGCUCAAGCGACGUAUCAAACAGCUCUUAACUGACAUGGGGAAAGUACAGCAGAUAGCUACACUCUGCUCUGUAUGACAGGAGGAAGAAUAAAGGAAUAAAAAUAGGCUCUCUACAAUGAAUUUGUGUAUUAGCCACCAGACUGACAGAAAGACAGGAAAAAGCUGAACAUUUAUCUGUUUCUGUGCCGAUUUAUAUUAUUAACCUAAGCUCUGGAGAGGGGAGAGGAAAUCUAAAGAAAGAAUAUUGAUAGCGAAGAUAAUUUUCUAUGUCCAAGCAAAUUACGGUAUAUCAAGCAUAGACCUACAUCAAUAUGCUCUGAAAGACUAGGCAGGUUAAUGACAGAUUUUUGUGGUUAUACAAGAAGGUUCAAGAAAUCUCUACAAAGAAAAGUGCUAUAACGUAUAGCAGACAGGUCCAAAUUCACAAGUGUCAGUUGACAUAAAACUGAGUUGGGUGGAAAAAUAUAAAUUCCUGAUGAUUUCCUCUUAUGUUGCUAGCAAAAUACAAACAUGGAGAUCUGUAUCCCUUAUAUAAUCGAUCCAUCUAUCAAAAUCAAAACAUAGACAGAGAACUUAUUUUUUGUAGUCCAGGCUUACUUCCUUGUCUAAUGAAUGUGCAGGAAAAUGAAAACACUAGCUUCUUUUGGAAAAGAAAGUAUUUGUGGUGGUGGUCUUAUAUAAGUAUUUUUAAAUGGAAUCCUCAUUACAGCACCCAUAGGCUUCUUUUAAAAUGUAAGUGGCAAAUAGUAGUCAGAUGUGCCAAAUAAUAUUAAAACCACUGAGAUGAGAGUUUGAAUAUAAUGAAGAUACAUGAAGGGUUGUUUUGUGGGGUUUUCUCUUCUUUUAUUUUAUUUGAAAGUCCUAUAUGGUGCCAGCAAUCCAUCCAAAAUUGUAUCUAGCUUAUAUUUUUUUACGUUUUCUGGCAGUAUUCAGGAUUCAAAAUACAAUUUGUGUCCUGGGUAGCUCUGUUUGGUGUUAGCCCUCUGAAAUUUUACCAACCUCAGCUGGGAUGAGGAAUAAUGACAAGAGCAGCAAAAACUAUGCGUGGCUCUGAAUAACUAAACCACUAAAUAUCACAAAGAGACUUUAUCUGAAAUGUUUUUAUAAAACUUUUAGCUUCAGUUAUAAAUGAAAAAAGCAUCAUGAAACCAAAGGCAACCUAGAUGCUCUGUUAGCUCUUGCUGGAUUUUGAGCCAAGGACUUUCUCUGUGCCUGUGCUCACAUGAGUUGCCGCUGCACCCAGUGCUUACAUUUACAUGUAUGUGCAUGUAUAUGUGCAUAUACACACAUAUACCUAUGUACAUACUAUAUACCUAUUUAUCUACACAUGUCUAGUUUUAUUACAAUAGACUAAAGACUGGUGGUUAACAUGAAAUGUUACCUUUUAACAAGCAGUUUCUAAAAUUGAAAAUAAUGUAUGUACAGGUUUUGAAAUUUGUAAAAUACAACUGUUAAAAGGAGGCUAUUUAACUGAUGACAUUAAGAUACUUGAACAUUUUAUGCCUCAGCUGUUUAUCAGUUCUACUUAUCUGUAUAAAACGCAUUUUAGAACCGAUAGACAGUAAACUUGAAUUUACCUUUUGAUAAGAGUACAAGCCACUGUACAUUCAAAAAUUAUUUAAAUUUGCAAACACACUGUUCUAUAUGUAAGGUACUGUAUGUAAAACUGUUUAUUAAAACUAUUCUGCAUACUCUACAUCUUCCAAUUUUCUUCCUGUCCUAUAUACAAAUGUGAAAAAAGAAAAAGAAGCUGAUUAAAAUAAUGUACAGACCCUCAAAACCAUACCAUUUCUUGAUUGCCUUUUGAGGAUUCAUACAGGUGAAAAAAGUGCCAAAGAUGGAUCGUGUAGGAAAGAUUUUGAAGCUGGUACAUUGAACUUUCAUCAUAAAAAUGUAGGACAGUAGCAUGGCUGAGUGAUUAUUGAAAAGUACCAACAUUGAGGUCUCCAGAUUGUCUGUCAUGUCUGAAGUAAGUUAUCACUCUAAAUAUCUAAGUCUGAAGUAAACACGUCAACCCCAGUUACAGAGUAGUUGCUAUUUAAAAGGUCUCUUUUACUACUGGUUACCACAUCAUAGUAUUGGAAAUAUUGCUAUUCUUUGAGUGCAAAACUCAACCCAACCUUAAUUAUGGAGCCAGGACUGUCAACUCCAUAAUUUAAAGGAACCAUGAUGACUUUUAAUGGCAACUGUUAAUGUUUUUUAUAGUUUGAUGCUUAAAUAAGUGCUUAAGAUUAUAAUGAAUAGCUUUUGAAAGUGAUCUACUUGCUCUUUCAGUGUGCCAGACAUUUUUAUAUAUUAUUCUUUUGAUGCAUAUCCUUGAAUGUGGUACUGUGUGUACUGUAUAGAAGAAAUGUAAAUCUAGAUACACAACUUGAAACCAAGUAGGUAGUAUUUACAUCAUGAAUGCAGUACACACUAGCCAUGUUACUGUGUGUGUGAGUGUGUGUGCGUGUGAGUGUGCAUGCGUGCAAAAUAACAAUAUAAUGAAGGAAGAGCUGGACAGAGAGAUUUCAGGUAGGAGGAAGGAGGUUCCAUUCUCAGUACAAUGAGCUGUAAGAAUAUUAUCACUUAAAGAUGGGAAAGUUAUAUGAGUUUAGGAGAAGGUAAUCUGGUAUACUUUAACUGGAAAGAUUUAUGUGAUCCGAAGAGAAAGAAACAGAAACAUACAACAGAUCUCCAUUAAAAUGUUGUUAUGGUUGCAAAGUCAAACAGAAAUUGAAGUUGCUCAUGCAAUCUUAAUUAAUUCUCCUUCCAUAUGUUUUUGAGAGAGGUAGUUAGCUGUGUUAAUCUAACAUCAGUCAGAAGGCAAGGUAGGGUAGCACCCUUCAAAGACUAACUUGUUCAGAAAGGCUUAAGCUUUCAUCAGUGACCGCCUACUUUGCCAGUUGCUGUGAAAUAUACUGAUGAAGUAGGCUGUUGCCUAUUAAAGUGGAUGCCUUUCUGAAUAAGUUAGUCUUUAAGGUGCUGCCUUCCUCUGCCUUCUGCCUGUACGUUUUUCUUGUAGUCUGUCAUUUACAUGAUUACACCCUUUACCUUGUAGGGUACCCUUCUCCCCUGCCUUCCCCACACCCCAUUCACCAUAUAUGAUGGACAGAACCCACUGAUGAACUGCUCAACAUUUCUUUCUAUCGUCACUAAUUCACUAGUUGUGAAACAUCUCAUAUUUAGCGCACAGAGUUCAAACCCUGCACUGGACAAUGACUUGUUUCCUUACUGGCAAUACUGUAACACGUCACUGUAGGUUCUGAAUGGUGUACAGGCUUUAAUUUUCACCACAAUUGUGGUUUAAUUGAUAUUACAAUCAUCCUCCUUAUCCAAAUGUGUUUUUGGCCUUAAUCUCUGUUACUCAAAUGCCCAGUGUUCAAGACGCUUGGGAGCUGGCACUUUUUCAGGGCAUGUAGCAUUUUUAUAACACUUUGAUGUCAGUACUGUGCAUUGAAUAUAGUUGCAGUUCAAAUUGCUCAGCACUUCUGCAGGUCAAGUCCCAGGUAUCUCAGGUUGGAUCACUGGAGAAGGAAGCUCAUGCUUAGUUGGCUACCUGUGAAAAUGUUGGGUUCUGUGAAUGAAUUCAUGUGGUAGAGUAAGGAACUCUGGCUUUCCAGCGGACAUUCAUUAGUCUUAAUCAUGAAACUAUCCUUUAUCUUCUCAGAAGCCCUUGCCUCAUUUGCCACAUAGUUUCCAACUUUCUUAACAAAUGAGGCAGGGAUCUUAUAGAUCAUAACCAUAUUCUGAACACCACUGAUUCCAAGGAGUGCUGGGGAGAAUAGUAUGUGAGGAUGGAAUAACGGCUGUCAUUAUGCAUAUGUAUGCAGAGGCCAAAUUCAGCAUUCUUAGACUAAUUUAAUUUUAACACUUCCCAACUUCUGAGUGUUUGACUUUGCAACUUUUCUGGAAUGCAAUAUGUUGUGUAACUUCUUAUGUUUUUGAAAAUAGGCUUUCCAUCCAACAGAGCCAUAUUGUGAUGACUAAUGACUAAUUAGCAGUGUAGUGAAAUGUUUAGAUCCACAGCAUAGAUCGCUACCGGUUGAGCUGUGGAGUCACUGGUAGCAAUAGUUGGCUGUUAUCCUCUUUGGAUUAGUCAUGCAGGGAAUGAGAGACGCUUUUCAAGUGGGUUUUGUAUGUAUGUGCUAAAGACUUGAUAGAGUAGUAGGAUUUGGGAAUCUUCUUCCUUCCCUCCCCACCCCCUGCCUCUAACCUCAAAAAACCUAAAAAAAAAAUUGUUUUUUUUCCCUAUAACCUCAUGGGGAGUUAAAUUCUAAUUCAACUCUUUCUACUGAAACUUGAAUACCUAGAAAAAGUGAUGAGAGAGCUUGGGCCUGGAAAAUUGCAGCUGAACAGUUUCACAAAAUUGUAAGCAAAUGAAAACAGGGGUUUUUAUCAUGGAAAAUGUAGUGUUGAAGGGUGUCGGGUAAUAAACUCUCCUUCUUUACUUAUCCUACCAUUGUACACAAUGUGUAAGAGUACUUGCCUUUGCAAUGUGGCUCUCCAAAUGUAGAACCUAUUUUCUUCCCUCCUUUUCCUCCUCAUGAAAUCUUUCAGUCCAUAAAUUUUAGAGUGCUUAUUAAACACAAAGGGCUUUCAUAUUUUCUGAUUGACUGUUGCUAGCCCUAUACUUUAUAUAUAUUUUUUGUUUGUAUUGGGUCAUGGAUGUUUUUUGUUACAAUGAUUUCAUAUUGGUUUUUAUCAUGCUAUGUGAUGUCCUUAGCACUGGGUGUGGGGUCCAUCUUUAGCAAUAAGUAUUAUACACUGUGUGUAUAUUUGUUAUGUGCAGAAUAGGAGAGGAGCAUUUGACGAUGGUGAAAAUACACUUGAACAAAACACGGUGUUGAUUGGGCAGCUAUUCUGUACCAGCCUGGGCAACUCAGAACUACUGGAAAAGAAUGGAAGUACGCAUCCAGGAAACGAAACAGUUUGUAAAAGACAAAAUAUAAUGAACUUCCAAAACAUGCCAUUUAAUCUGGACAGUUUGCACGCGCACACCUGGAGAUGAGCUAACAUGGUUUUCUGUGGGUUUGUUGAGAAACUAAAAUCCAGUUCAAUCGCUUAAUUGCCUUCGAAUGGCUGUUCAGUUUUGGGACCUGCUCGUGACUGUUUCCAUGCAGUUAUUCAACCUAGCUGUGUGUGUCAGUGUAUUGUCAUUAGAAGGUUGGAGAGAGUCAGCACUGAAUUGUUAAAUCUUCCCUGAGAGAAGAAAGGUAUUUUCUUUCAUGAUUUUGUUUUAUAAUAGCAAUAAUGUUGGUUACGUUCUAAUAUACUCACAAUAAAGGCCUAUUGAGAUUGGUUAAA